UCUGGUUUCCAUAGUUAAAGAAGUUUUGGUUGUAUAGAUAUAUAUAUAGAUUUAUAUUAUACUUUAACCCACGGUGAUAACGAUAUUCAACAUGUCAGGUAAGGUGGCUGUGGUCACUGGUGCUGCCCGAGGCUUUGGGAGAGCAUUUACCGAAGCAUUACUGAAAAGAGGAGACAAGGUAUGCUUUUGUGAUGUCGAUGUCCAGCAAGGGAAACAAACUGAAAAUGAAUUAAAACAGAAUUUCGGAGACGAUAAUGUGCAAUUUCUACCAUGUGAUGUCCGAAAAGACGAAGAAUUCAAAGAUUUCUUUAACCGAGUGAUUCAGAAAUACAACACCGUUGAUAUAAUGGUUAACAAUGCUGGAAUCAUGAAUGAGAAUCAAUGGAGAACCACCAUAGAUAUUAAUUUAACAGCAAUGGUACACGGGUCUUUGUUGGCAAUGGAUCAUAUGAAGAAUAGAAGUAAUAGUGGAGGUUUAAUUGUGAAUGUUUCAUCCUUGGCAGGUGUUAUGCCAGUGUCAUUUUGUCCAGCCUAUACAGCAUCUAAACAUGGAGUAGUAGCGUUUUCAAGAAGCUGGGCUCGGCAGCCAGAAUUGAAAAGGAACAGAAUUAGAAUAACAUGUUUAUGUCCAAGUUUUGCUGAAACUGAUAUCAUUAAAGGCACUGAUGAUAGAGUAGUUGGACCAGAACUAGCCAGGAAAGCUUUGAAAAUAACUGGUAUAAUGGUGAUUGAUCGUGUUACGGAAGCUUUUCUACGAGUAUUAGAUGACGCUGAUAACAAUGGUAAAGUGAUGGUGGUGACGCCUAAAAUUAUGGACUAUCAUACAUUUUAUGAUCCCAAACUUUAAUAGACAAAAUGAAACUGGAACAUGUAAUAUUUAUAAUUUAAACUGCAUAUAGUUAUU